AUGCCUGGCCAAGAUGUUGAGUUCCGACGUGGCCGGAUUACAGCUCAUCAGCUUGAGUCCCGCCGACCCUCGUACAUUAAUGCCUGCCUCAUUCAAUCCCGUGGAAGUCGUCCGCCUGUCCCGUGUUCGAGUUGCCACGCUCAGCCGGGUACGAAGACUUUUGCCUCAUGUCGCCAUUUACCAGGCGCAUGGGGCGGAGCAUGCGCCAACUGCAAAUGGUCGGAUCAGGCAUCACGUUGCUCCGUACGGGAUGAGGUUUGGACGGGACUUACGGAUGGUACAGACUCUGCUGCACAAGACAGGGGCCUGCCAGGGGGAACUGUACGUGAUCCUAUCCUCAUUGAGGAUGUAGAAGGACAAAACAUCAACCAGCCCAUCCUCAUCGAGGAGGAUGGGGACGAGAAUGACCCCAUCAUUCUCUAG